CUUCGAGCCAGCGGUAAAAUUGUCACAGAUCGGAAACUACCAAGCUACCGAAGAGGUAUUUGCGAAUCGAUAGGAACAACGACGCGACAUCGGAAGAACCGUAACCAUUUGGAAUUUGCCUAAUAAGCCAAGGACAAAGUGUCUGAAUCUGUGCUGACUGGUUCACGGGGCGGGGGGGGAAACUGAGGAGAGUGGUGGCAUCAUGACGACGGAGAGAAACAGCAAAGCCCUGAAGGUGAAGCAGGAAUGCGGCGAGAACGUUCCCUUCUUGUCCGACAGCGAGCUCAUGUCGCUGUCUGUGCGGGAGCUCAACCUGCACCUGCGCGGGAUGUCCCGCGAGGAGAUCCAGAAACUGAAGCAGCGCCGACGCACCUUGAAGAACCGGGGCUACGCCGCCAGCUGCCGGGUCAAGCGAGUGUCACAGCGCGAAGCCCUUGAACAGCAGAAAAUGGAGCUCCAGAGGGAGGUGGACCGACUGGGGGCCGAGAACGCCGGCAUGAGGAAAGAGCUGGAAGGCCUGGGCGCUCGCCUGGCCGCGCUGCAGAGGUUCGCUAGAGGCCUCGAGGCCGGAGGGGGCAACCUGCUGGCCACUGCGCCGCGCCUUAACACUGCCUCCGUCAUCACCAUCGUCAAGAGUCCAGCGCAAGCUCCGCCUCAGAGGGGCCACGAGUCUUCCUAGGCUCUGUAAACUGACUGAGGGGGUGUGGCACACACGUAUACACAUAUUGGAACACGAGAACUAUAUCGGUAGGAUAAUACUAAACAUCAGUGCUACGCCCACACACGAGUCAUUCAUGUAUGACGUCAUCCAGGACCAGACGAGCCACUUCUCCGUCGAAGUGCUCGCUAUUUAAUAAUGGCCAAUGUUCAUUUAUAUUAGGCGAGGUUGGAUUGUACAGUACUGUGGAAAACUCUUAUCAGGUCCCCACUAAAAACUCACCGAUUUGCUGUCUUUGUUGCCAUUUUGCUGCUGAAGUGAAUUGAGGAUCUUAAUUUAGACAAAACUAGUCCU